CCCAUCGUGGGUAGGCACCCAGGGUUUCCCAGGGACUUGCACCUUAAGCACUUGUUCAAGGUGUGAGAAGUUAGCAAACCCCGGGGUUCUGCAGCCUUUCUUCUCCUCACCUCUUUUCCCCAUGCUGCGACUUUGGGUGACUGUGUGCCCAGGCCAGCACCAUGCACACACUUGUGUUUCUCAGCACACGUCAGGUGCUUGAGUGUCAGCCGGCUGCCUGCCAGGCCCUUCCCCUGCUGCCCCGAGAACUCUUCCCGCUGCUGUUCAAGGUGGCCUUCAUGGACAAGAAGACAGUUGUCCUGCGUGAGCUGGUGUACACGUGGCCCUUCCCACUGCUUAGUUUCCAGCAGCUGCUGCAGGAGUGUGCCCAUUGCAGCCGAGCGCUGCUGCAGGAGCGGCUCAGCACAGAAAGCAUGCAGGCUGUGAUCCUGGGGCUCACUGCCCGGAUUCACACUCCAGAAACAGAGGCUGGCACACAACCUCUCUGCAGGAAGCAUGCGCUGCGGGUACUGGAUAUGACUGGUCUGCUAGAUGAUGGGGUGGAGCAGGACCCCGGAACUAUGAGCAUGUGGGACUGCACGGCAGCUAUAGCCAGGACAUGUAUCGCCCAGCAGCAGGGUGGGACUGCCGAGCGAGGGCUGUCGCCAGUCCCGGUGGAAGUCCGUGUAGACCUUCGGGUAAACCGGGCGUCCUACACAUUCCUUCGAGAGGCACUCCAAAGCAGUGUGGACAGCCCCCUGCGGCUCUGCUGCCGGGACCUCCGGGCUGAAGAUCUACCCAUGCGCAACACUGUGGCCUUGCUGCAGCUUUUAGAUGCAGGCUGCCUGCGCCGAAUAGACCUGCGCUUCAAUAACCUGGGCUUGCGAGGCCUGUCUGUCAUCAUCCCACACGUGGCCCGCUUUCAGCACUUAGGCAGCCUGAGGCUGCAUUACGUGCACGGGGACUCCAGGCAGCCUUCCGUGGACGGUGAGGACAACUUUCGCUACUUUCUUGCCCAGAUGGGCCGUUUUAUCUGUCUUCGGGAGCUCAGCAUGGGCUCUUCUCUCCUCUCAGGCAGGCUGGAUCAACUGCUAAGCACCCUACAGAGCCCCCUGGAAAGCCUUGAGCUGGCCUUCUGUGCACUGUUGCCUGAGGACCUACGCUUCCUGGCUCAGAGCUCCCAUGCUGCCCACCUCAAAAAGCUGGACUUGAGUGGCAAUGACCUGUCAGGCAACCAGUUGAUACCUUUCCAGGAUCUGUUGCAGGCAGUAGCACCCACACUGCUGCAUCUCGAGCUGACCGAGUGCCAGCUUGCUGACGCCCAGCUGUUGGCCACACUGCCCACCCUGACUCGCUGUGCCAGUCUCCGCUACCUUGGUCUCUAUGGCAACCCUCUGUCUAUGGCAGGACUUAAAGAGCUGCUUCGGGACUCUGUGGUACAGGCUGAGCUACGCACUGUGGUGCACCCCUUCCCUGUGGAUUGCUAUGAAGGCCUGCCUUGGCCACCGCCUGCCUCUGUCCUUCUGGAAGCCUCCAUCAAUGAGGAGAAGUUUGCUCGUGUGGAAGCUGAGUUGCACCAGCUGCUGUUAGCUUCAGGCCGCACCCAUGUACUCUGGACCACAGACAUCUAUGGGCGGCUGGCUGCAGACUAUUUCAACCUCUGAUCUCCAGGGUUUUGGUGAGGUUAAAAGCCUUUGGGACUCUGCAAAAGGCCUGACACAAAGGCUUUUCUGCAGAGUUUGCCUUGCUCCUGGGUAUACCCUGAGUCACCUCUGCUUUGGGCAGUAUGCUUCACCUGCCCCCAGUCUCUGGCUGACUGUUGGUAUGUCUGGCCUGUGCUCCCCUUCUCUGUAUGGCUGCACUUGAUUGCUCUUCUGGGUUGCAGCUGCUCUGCAGAAGAGUAGUUCCUGGGCACAUCCCAUACCCUUAGCAGGAGUGCAGCGCAUUGAGGUAGAUGUUAGGGUGAUAGACUUCAGGGUGUCUUGUGAGUACCCCAUGCAGUCUGGGGCCUUAUACUGUGUACCCUGCCUGCCACCCAAGGCGCCAUUACCUGCCUCUGGAAGGUGUGAGCAAGGUACAAACGUGCAGUAUCUGAAACGUGAAUCUGUGGCCUUUUUUGGGGUGUGUGUAUGUGUGUCUGACCUAAUUGGAUAGGAAAGACUUGCCCACAUUUCU